AUGCGUUUAUCACGGUUAAGCGCCGCUGAGCGCAGGCGGCUGGCCAGGCUGGGGCUCGCCGGGUCCCGGCCGCCCCGCGCCAUCGCCCUGCGAGCCCGGGACGCCCGCGUGGAUCCCCUGGUUCUCAAGUUUGGCGCGCCCUCGAACACUGUCGACUCCAUCCCAACUUCUACGCGGAGGAGACGCUCCCUUCUGGCCACUGGAUUUGGGUUCUGCCAGGUGCAGGCCCCAAGGGGCAGGGUGCGUGUGGGCCAGGACUUUGGGAGCCCAGAGGGCACUCAGUUGUCACCCCAGCUCUGCAGCGUGGCCACUUGUGGUGCUCGUUCCACAUGGUUUCACCCUAACAUCAGUGCAGUUGAGGCAGAGAAGCUGCUCCUGUCCGGGGGCCAGCACGGGAGCUUCCUGGUGAGACCCAGCAAGAGCUGCCCCGGGGCUUCACACCAAUCUGUUAGGCGCCACAGUGAGGUAGCCCACAUCAAUGUCCAGAACACGGGCGACUACUACGAUCUCUACGGAGUGGAGAAGUUCGCUGCUCUGGGCGAGCUGGUGCACCACUACACAGGCCAGCGUGGGGGGCUGCUCCGUGAGCGCAGCGGGGCCCCCGUAGAGCUCCGGCAGCCACUGGGCUACCAGGACCCUGUCUCUGAUCGGUGGUACCACGGACACCUGUCUGGCAAGGAGGCCGAGCAGCUGCUGAUGGAAAAAGGCCGUCCGGGCACCUUCCUGGUGCAGGAAAGUCAGGGCAAGCCUGGGGGCUUCGUGCUGUCCGUGCUCACACCGAGGCCUGAGAAGGCCCACCUCCAGCCGCAGGUCACACACAUCUCGAUCCACUUCUGGGUGAGGCGUGAUGGGAAGUACGACGUGGGAGGAGGGCAAGAGUUCGACUCCCUCGCUGACCUGCUGGAGCGCUACAGGAGGAGCCCGAGGCCGGAGAGGUCCGGACCACCCUGCUAAGUGUGGACGCAGCGCUCUCCCGGCCGGCCCCUCAAAGCAGCGAGGAUCAACGCCGCGAGCAUUGAGAGCCGAGUGCAAGAGCUCAGCGGGCCCACUGGUGCCCGCGGGAAGGCCAAGCAGGGCUUCUGGGAAGAAUUUGAGAUGCUGCAGCAGCAGGAAUGUCGGCUCCUGUACCCCCGGGAGGAGGGGCAGCGGCUGGAGAACAAGCCCAAGAAUCGCUACAAGAACAUCCUUCCCUUUGAUACCACGCGUGUCACUCUGUGUGAUGUGGACGACACCGUGCCUGGAGCCGACUACAUCAACGCCAACUACAUCAGGAGCGAUCCGGAGAAGCCAGGUCACGGACCGGGCAAGGUGUACAUCGCCACCCAGGGCUGUCUGCAAAGCACAGUGGCUGCCUUCUGGGCAAUGGUGCACCAGGAGAACACGCGGGUCAUUGUCAUGGCCACGAGGGAGGUGGAGCGAGGCCGGCUGAUGUGAUGCACCCCCCCCCCGCGGAACAAAUGCUUCCGGUACUGGCCCCAGCUGCAGGGCAGCCAAGAAUAUGGCCGUGUGCGUAUUUUCAACUUGGCAGAGUACCAAGCCCAGGGCUACUGCUUAUGGGAACUACAGGUGUGGCGGCCAGAUCAGGAGGAGCCGCGGCGCACAGUGAAGCACUACCAGUACUUCAGCUGGCCAGACCACGGGGUCCCGGCCGAGCCCUCCGGCGUCCUCGGCUUCCUGGAUGAGGUGAACAGGGCCCAGAGCAGCAUGCCGGGGGCUGGACCCAUGGUGGUGCACUGCAGCCACAGGCCCCAGGUCGGUCCCCACUGCGCCGGCAUCGGACGCACUGGCACCAUCGUCGUGAUUGACAUCCUGGUGGACCUCAUCCGCAGGCAGGGUCUGCACUGCGACAUCGACGUGCCCAGGACCAUCCAGCUGGUGCGGCGGCAGCGCUCGGGGAUGGUGCAGACCGAGGCGCAGUACGAGUUCGUGCACCUGGCGCUGCAGCGGCACAUCCAGGCCGAGCAGCUGCGCCUGCGCGAGCAGCGCCGGCCGCCGGAGGAGCCCUACUACCUGAACGUGGGCCUCGGGUCGGCGGACCCCGGCCGCAACGCUGCCCCCGUGUCGUCUCGGGCGCCGGCGGCGAUCCCAGAGGCGACCGGCGGCGAGUACGAGAACCUGCGGAGCCCGGCGCGGUGAGGGUGCCCGCGUGCGCGUGCCCCGGUGGGGGCCGGAGCCGCGCGGGAUGGGGGGGCCCGCCGGGCCGGGGCGCUCCUCGGAAGGACUAUGUUUAGGGCAGCUUCUCCCCGCGUCUCCCCCAGCCCUCAGACCCACCCGAACGUGGCCUGGACGCCUAGAAAUGGGGAGGGGCAGUGGGGAGACCCGAGCGCCUUGCCCUUUUUGCCCUUUCCGGGGCAGCCAGGUGAAGGAGGAGCGGGAGGGCCUCAGGGCUGUGGUGUGUCUCUCGGUGUGGGAGGCCACCAGUCACCGCCUGCACCGCACGGUGACCACGUGUGACCCCGUGUGUGCCACAUGUUUGUCAUGAGUGGCCAGUCUGUGCUUGACCUGACUGGGGCCAUCAUCAGGGUUUGCCUGCCCCUACCCUCGCCCUCAGCACUCACCUCCGCUUCAGAGCUACUGCGCGGGUGUACGUGAGAUGCUCCUGUGAGCACGUGUGCGACCUCGUGUGCCCCGGUGAGGCUCACAUGCGUGCAUGACUGGUGUGUGACCGCUGUGACGUCUCUGGCGUGUUGUCGUGCUCCUCCCAUCACAGAUGGCCGUGUGGCUUUUUGGUACCCUCAGUAAAAUGACUUGGUCUCA